AAUAAUAACACGUUCGCACACAGGUGAAAUGAGGGGGAAAAACAGCUGCCAUAUGCAAAGGCAAACGUUAGAGGACGACAUUUGCAAACGAAGCUACCAACCUGAAACAGGAAGUACGUCACAGUCGAUACAUCACUUCCGGUACAGCCCAGGAACCAGAGGUUGCUGAAGGAAGCAAAAGAUGUCUGCAGAUCUGGACCUGUCUCCUCCAGAAGUCCCUGAACCGACUUUUCUAGAGAGCCUACUGCGAUAUGGUCUCUUUCUUGGUGCUAUCUUCCAGCUGGUGUGCAUCCUGGCCAUCAUUGUCCCCACCUCCAAAGGGCAUGAAAAGGAGGAGAGUGAGUCUGUUAAUGGCAAGGUAGCUGAGCAGGCAAAGAAACCCAAAGGACCAGCGCCUCAAAUUCGACCUAAAUCAAAGAAAGAAAGCAAAAAGAAGCGAUAGAUGCUUGUGUGUGUGUGUGUCAAUUUAAAGUGAUGUUGUCAAUUGAUCAUGUUUUAGCGAGUAUUGCUUAUCUUCAAAGCUACAUAAAACACUACUCAUUAUGGUCAAAUCGUAGCAUAUUUGUUUGCAUUUUGUAUGACUUUCUUUUAAUAAACUUGGCAAGAAUUGUCUUUCUUGAAUAACA